UCCAUAUAUGCCAUCCGUUACUGAGCCCAUUGUCCCUCUGAGGAAUAUUCCUGAUACGUUUACAAUGGAUAUUGAAGCUGGCCACCAAGUCGACAAAGUCGAAUAUCUUUUCAAGAGGAUUGAUGAAAAAAUGGCAGAAGAAUUUAGUAAAAAAUUUGCUGGUGAAUCUAGGGACGACAAAAAAAACAACAAAAAAACGUCCAAGACUGCUAAUAAUGUAAUAGCAACUGAAGUUCUAAAAGCUGAUUAA